AUGCUGUGCCCAAGGUCGCGUCACUUGGAGCUUACUUUGACAGCCAUUGCAAAAGCUGCCAAACCAGAUCCCACGCGACGCAGUGGUUUGCAAAGCUUUUUCGGAAAAACUUCAGCGGUACAGACAGCGGAGCAGCUCAGAGCGACACUACUCCUCUCGCUCGGUUUCUGCGUUCUGCCGGCCUGCGUUUUCACCAUGAUGCACAGACAUGGAAAGACACUAUUCUGUUAUGGCCUGUCUAUAUGUUAA